AUGGGAUGGAUACGUCUAGGCCAUAACGUGUGCACAAAAAGACAACUCUCAAUAACAAGACAGCUAAACUACAAGAACUACUACCUCACAAAAGGCGUGCACGAUAGUUUAUUGAGAAUCAACCUGGAUAAAACAAAUCAGCUUGUUGGUACAUGUACAACACGAGGAACAAGAACAUCCAACGAGGAUAAUUACAGCGUUGUAUCGUUAGAGCUGCCUUCAAGUAAAAGCUUGUUGGAAAUGAACAAGGACGCCAAUCGUGCCUACUUUGGCAUCUUUGAUGGACAUGGCGGAUCUGUGGUAUCAGAAUGGUUAAGCAAGCAUUUGCAUGAACGCAUUGAGAACAUCAGUCUGGAUGACUUUCACAGCACACUGGCGUAUCUGCGAUCUUACAGGGGAUAUUUCAAAAGAUUCCCCAUCCCAGGCCUUAUUCGAGAUUUCGUAGAUGAUCAGGGCAAUCCCAAACCAGGUGUCGAUGUGAAUGAUUUGACAGUAGAGCAGCGACUGACACUUGCCUUUUUGAGUGCGGAUACUUCCUGCUUGAAGCAACUACGGGGCGGAUUCGACGAUGCGCAUGAGGACAAUGAAGGAUCGACAGGAAGUAUUGCUAUCUUUGAACCUAUUGAUAAAAGAUCUUUCUGGGAGAGUGAUGAAUAUGACAUCAUUAUUGGCCAUGUUGGAGAUACUCGAAUUUUAUUAUGUGAUUCGGCUACUGGCGAAGCAGUGCAAUUGACAACUGGCGAUCAUCAUCCAGGGAACCCUAUCGAAUCAACUCGGUUGAACAAGUAUGGAUUUGUGACAACAGACUCUUUUGGAGAUGACCGUUGGAUGGGCAUGCUGGCGACGAGUCGUGCAUUUGGUGAUGCCAAGCUGAAACGAUAUGGAAUAUCAGCAGAGCCCGAUAUUGUCAGACACAAGAUUAGAGUCAGUAACCCAGCGGCAUUUAUUGUGCUAGUAACGGAUGGUAUUACCUCAGUCAUGUCUGAUCAAGAAAUAGUUGAUUUUGUGAAGCAGCAUAAGGAUCCUGGCAUGUCAGCAAAGAAAUUAGUAGAUGCAGCAGAUCAAUUACAAAGUGAUGAUAAUACGACAGCGGUGGUUGUCAGAUUGAAGGAUUGGGGCAAACGAAUGCAGGACUAUACCAAAGAGCUUCGAGCCUACAGACUGGAGAACACAACUAUGAGUAGUAGACAAUCAUGGUAA